AUGUCCCUUACGCUGACCAAGGCUAUUCCUGCAGCCAAUGGAGUCCACCAUGAUGACUCCUUAGCUCUCGAUAAGGUCCAAGUAAAUGAGCCCCGCAUGAACGGCUUCUCUACCUCGGGGAUUAGCAAAUACCAGAACGAGGCAGUGGGCGACUUUGGAUGGGGGCCGUGGACCAUUCAAGAUGUCCUCAUUCCUCCAAAUGCAGGACGGGGUCUCAUAAAAAAGUACCAUCAGCGCCGUACUCUUUACCAAUACCUAGGACUGUCUUUGGCAGGCUUGUGGGUGUUUCAUAAUGUUUCAAACACUUCUUACAGAGCUGCUGCUCUCGGACUACUGUUCCCAGGUGCUGGGUUCACCGCCGUGGCCACCAUCCCAUCAAUACUAGCCUUCUUGGCCACUGUGGUUCUGAUACCGGUAACUGUGUUCAUCUGGUUUGCCAUGGGGGGGAUAUUUUUCCCGCUCGCUCUGUGGUUCGGUAGCAGUGUCGCCGCGAGCUUCAUGGCAGGCGACAAGUUAUUCGACCAGGCUCCUAUUUUUUGGGCAAUGUUUUGCUACGGAGGAGCGCUGUGGCUCAUGAGCAAUGCUCGGUCGUUGAAUGCCGCAGGGUACUCAAAAGCUCAGGAGCGCAAUAAGUACCUCGUCAAGGCUGUGCAGGAACAGCAAGCGACCGCCGUGCCAGCUCCCAUCCCCGGCUCUCGUGAACUUUCUUUGGAGACGCUGCGACAUGUACAGCAUGUCCUCGAACGUGGAUUGAGCGCUCGCGAUGACUUCAGCUACCACGACGUGAUUGAUCAAUUCCAGACUGGUGCUGUUCGCUACCAGCUAUACGGUGUUGUGGACGUUCUGAGCCUCUACCAGUGUCAUUAUGUUCCAGGCUUCCACGGAUACCUUUCAAAGGCUUCCCAAAACUGUAUUGAAAAGAGUUUGCAGAAGAAGAUCAUGUCGUACUGGAAAUGGGAAUCCAUUUUUGGAAGGUUUACCUUAAGCGAUUGGAACCCAAUCAAGAAGGAUAACAUUAUGGUAACUGGUUAUCUAAGCUCAGCUAUUGGGCUUUACGCUCAAGCAUCAGGCGAUAUGCGCUAUAACGAGAAGAACGCGUUAGAGUUUGUUAUUGACGAUGGCAAGCACUACAAGACAAACUACGAAGGACUUGCCGACGCUUUGCACGAAAACAUGACCGAAAACCCAUACUGUCUCUACCCGUGCGAACCCAACUGGACGUAUUCCCUCUGCAAUCUCACCGGAAUGGCUGGGCUCGUCAUUUCAGACAGAAUCCUCGGGCGUGAUCUUGGUCAGAAGCUCCGAAACCGUUUCGAGAGGUCUCUUGAAGAAGAAUUCACUGAGUGCGACGGUCGAAUCCUGCCUAUUCGCAGUGAGUUCACAGGUCUUACGCUCCCUGGCUUAUGCGGCACUUUGACCGAUUGCAUUAAUGCCAAGCUCCUGACUGCGUAUCUUCCUCAUCUAGCCCACCGCACUUGGGCAAUCAUUCGCAAGGAAUUCAUAACCUAUGACAAGAAUGGCCAGUUGCAGGUCCGCGACCUCAAGGGUGCGGAUAAGAUGGACCCUGGAAACUACCGUGGUGGUGAAGGUGCCCUUCGUGCAUUCAUCGCUGCCACAGCAGCUGAGUUCGGUAAUGAGAAAAUCCGCCAGGAGGCACUGGACCAGCUCGACCAGAUCUACUUCCCCGUCGAGACCACAAAGUCAGGUGCUCAUUACAAUAAGGGACUGUCCACCACGUCACAGAAUAUUGCCCUCAUGGCUCGCCUUGUCAAGCACCGUGACCUGGCCAAUGCUACACUUCACGGACCGAGCAAGCAUGCGCUUGAAGGUCCCCUGCUCGAGGGGGCGCCGUUCCCUGACGUUCUGGUGGCUAAGGCGUAUAGCCCCGAUGGCAAAAGCCUAGAUCUUGUUCUCUACAACGGAAAUGAUGCAGGCACCUUCGAGCUUGGAUUUGAGAGGCUUGUUCCGCACCAGCGGUACGCUCUGAGCACAGGCGAUUACAUCACUGCGGACAGAUUUGGAGAAGCGAAGUAUCAAGCCAGGAUCAAUGGUCGCACACAGAUCGUUCUCAGUCCUAUUUCUUGA